UAUUUUGUCGAGAGUGAAAGCUCUCGCUUUUCCUCUUCCUCUUUGGCUCCAUCCAGAUCCGUUGUGUGGCCCCAUGAGGAAGAGUGUUGCGCCAGGCUGCUGCUGCGCAUGUGCAGUAUGCUGCAGAAGGACAACUCCAAUGCGACGGGAGAGAUAAGACCGGAGCAGACUGUACGGAAAGUGUGCUCACUGACGAAGUUUGGUUUCAACGAAAAGUUAUUCUUCUUAUCUAGUUGUUCACAUGACACGUGGUGAUAAGAAGUGCGUGGUAACACAGUAGAUUUGGACAAGACCUGAAACACGUAGCCUCGUUAAAAAAAGCGAGCGCGUCUGCUUGCGAAACACUUGUGGCUUUUUGACUUGCAAUUGGGAAGCGGUGUGUAUACCAACAACCCAUGGAGCAGGAAACCUUGGAAACCUUGGAGAUUAUUGAGAGAGGAGAGAGGUCUGUCAGCAGGGGUACUGAGGCCACGCCCCCAUAUGGCUAUCAGCUAGACCUGGACUUCCUGAAGUAUGUGGACGACAUACAGCGUGGCAACACCAUCAAGAGGCUGAACAUCCAGCGGAAAUCCAGGCCUGUCCGGCCGACGGCGGAGCCCGUGCCCAGGGGAGGUUGCUCUGGUGGGGGCAGUGGGUACAGUGGGCAGGGCCAGGCUGAAUGGACCUCCACAGGCUCCCUACCCUCCUCCAGUGAAGAGGCACAGCAGAGUCCCCUCUUCUACUCCUCCCCCCAGCCUCACCCUCCCCCCACCCUGAUUUACCACGCCCAUGCCCCUCUCCCUUCCUGUGAGCCUCCCCCUCCCCUUCCUCCCCUACCCCCCGAGGGCUACCUGAGCGUCCCCGCCGAAGCCCCUCAACGGCCCCUUCUUCCGCCCCCCUCUCCGUGGGAACCUCCCCUCCUCAACCCCCAGGUUGAGAAGACCCUGAUGGAGACUAGGAGGAGGUUAGAACAGGAGCGCCACCUCAUGCAGCCCCCCUCCCCCUCCGAACCCCCUGGCCCUGCUCCUCGCCACCGCCUGGCCUCCUUCGGAGGGAUGGGGGGGUCCAGCACCUCCCUGUUCUCCCCCCUGCUUCCCAACGGGGGUGGAGGUAGUGGAGAGUACAACCCCUACUACACUUCCAUGGGUUCCUCUAUGCACCACAGCCCCAUGUCCUCGGGCAUGACCACGCCGGCCACCAACGUGUCUCCGCUCCACCUGCAGCACAUCCGGGAGCAGAUGGUGGUGGCACUGCGGAGGCUGAAGGAGCUAGAGGACAAGGUGAAGACCAUACCUGUCCUGCAGGUGAAGAUAGCCGUGCUGCAGGAGGAGAAGAGACAGAUGACCUGUCAGAAGAACCAGAGGCUGGGGGUGGGGGGCAUAGUGGGGGGGGGGUUCAGGAAGAGGUCCUAUAGCGUGGGCAGUGCUGAUCAGUUGGCCGACCAGCUGGACCCCCAGACACAUACCCUACAGACCCAGGAGCUGCACAUCAUGGAGCCAGAGGGCCAGGAGUGUCAGGGCCAUAGUCAGAGUACCAAGGGGAUGGAGGAGUUCAGGAGGCUGGCUGCAGAGGUCCAAGCCCUGGGGGCAAACAGCCAGGAUCAAGGGUCUCACCAGGCCAGGCAGACCCAGACCUCCCUCCCUCUCACCCACAAUAACAACAACCAGCUCACCUCCACGGCGGUCGGCCCAGAUGAGAACAUGAACGACGCCUCGGUGGUCGCCCAGAGGAAGUCGCCGGUGAUGACGAUGGUACAACAACGACGCUUCUACUGUGACGUCGGAAUGGCGACGGAGCAGCGUGAGACUCGCAGUGCUGGGACGGGCGUGACAGAAGCCAUGUUGGGCGUGACCAGCGAGGUGGAGGCAGAGCUAGACUUGCAGCAGCAGACCAUCGAGGCCCUGAAGGAGAAGAUCUACCGGCUAGAGGUGGACCUGAGAGAGACCACCCACCUGAUGGAGAUGUCCAAGCUGAAGCUAGAGCUGCAGGCCGCUGGGGGAGCCAAUAAGAAGAGGGCUGAUAAAGGCUGCCAGGUGCGGCCAGACACCUACAGCAUGGCCUGCCAGGCGCGGCCAGACACCCAGAGCACUGGCUCAGAGACCUGGAGAGUCCAGACACACAGCCAGGGAGUGGGGAACCAUCUAGAGACCAGCCAUGCCUCCACAGGGGAGACCCUCCACACUGUAGGGGUAGGGGUGUCCUGUCAACCCAGCCUGAGACACACUGCUUCGGGUCCUGACCUGCCCAUGGAGAGGUGGCUGGUGCAGGAGAGGGUAGAGGUGCAGGACCAGUGUGUGGGGAGGCAGUUGGAGGUGUGUGACCAGGGGGUGGGGGUGGAGGUGGGGCUGUGUGACCAGGGAGUAAACACUGAUGAGGAAGUAGACAGUCUAGAGCUGUGUCAGGCCCAGGAGACCGAGGCCAGGGAGAGGGAGAGCAGGUCGGUGGGCGUUGGGGAGUGUUCUAGAGACGUCACCGUCUCUCCCAUCAGACAGCUGGUUACCACGGGGACUAACCCUGUCCUUGGCACCACCACGGACUCUGCUGUCAUGGUAACCCCAGACACAGCCUCCCAACACACCAACACAGAGACAGUGGUGCUAGCUGACGGCUGUACCAACACCCCCCUGCUCCACACGGCUGAGAAACACACCAGCACGCUAACCAAUCACACAAGGACUGUCGCUGUGGGCGAGGGGCUGAUCAAAGACCCACAGACCAAAACCAGGUCUGUUGCCGUGGGAAACACAGCGGAGCGAGACGGCGGUACGGAGGAGGCAUGGUCGGCCCAGACCAAAGAGGUGGGCGUCGGCCUGGUCGGCAUCCACACUAACUUCCUGGUCGGCCUGAAGACCCGGAACAUUGCAUGUGGCCCCUCCCACCUGGACGGAACCGCUGUUACCCAGGAGACCAUUGCAGUGACGACUGUUGUACCACCCCAGGCCCAGGCCAUACCACCGCCCCAGCAGGUGGAGGGGGGGGCAGGACUAGACCACUACAUAGAGAGGCUUCAGAAGCUACUUCAGGAACAACAGAUGCUGUUGACUGAGAACUACAGUGAGCUAGCGGAUGCUUUCGGACAGCCCUGCUCUUCUCAGUUCACCCACUUUGGUUCUAUCAACAGCCAGCUGGUCAACACUCUGACUUCUAUCAGCUCUGUCAUGAAGUAUGGCAGUGCUGAGGAUCUGAGAACACAGCGAGAUAGCAGCUGCACCACUACAGAUCGGGUUCAGCUGCAGGUGUCCAGUGAAGUCAUGCAGAGUUCAGAGGUUAGCCAGACGGAGGUAGUGUCACCUGACCCCAGGUCCCCGCCCAGCCCGGCCACGCUGAAGCACCGCAUGGACCAGCAGAUGUCCAGCGCCUUGAACGGUCGUAAGAGCGCCCUGAAGUCCAUCAUGAAGAAGAAAGAUGGCCGCCACGUUUCUUUGGGAACCAAGAAGAACCUACAGUUUGUAGGAGUCAAUGGAGGGUACGAGACAACGUCGAGUGAUGAAUCAGAGGACAGCAGCUCCUCUGAUACAGAAGAGGAGGAGGAGGAGGAGGAAGAGGAGGAGAAGGUGUUCGGAGGAGGAGAGGAAGCUGAAGAGAGGAACACAGAGGAAUUCCAGAAUGAGGGAGCAGUGGAAGCGGGAGGGAGUGAAGAGGAGGGAGGAGGAGACAAGCUAGAGAUGAGAGAGAGGUUUGAGUUGAGUGAGAAGAUGUUGGCUGCCUGUAACGUGUUGAAGAACCACCUGAAUGAUGGCAAGGCCUUAACCAGUAAAGAUGUGAUCGUUUACAGCCUUGUGGAAGUUACCUGUGGUGCUGAUGUUCAGGCCGAGAGAGCCUGUGUGAACACAGUUCAGAGCGAGUGGUUCUGGGUGUCCAGUCAGAAGACGGUGGUGCCCGGCAUAGUGGAGGACUAUUUGACAGCGUUCCGUGACAUCUCCCCGGCCAUGCUGCGUCACAUUGUCAACAUGGCGGACGGUAACGGGAACACAGCGCUCCACUACAGCGUGUCACACUCCAACUUCCACAUCGUCAAGACGCUGCUCAACGCAAAUGUGUGUAACGUGAACCAGCAGAAUAAGGCUGGCUAUACUCCCAUCAUGCUGUCUGUGCUGGCGGCUGUGGAGGCUCCUAAAGACAUGGCCAUCGUAGAGUACCUCUUCAGCAAGGGAGACGUCAACGCUAAGGCCAGCCAGGCUGGCCAGACAGGGCUGAUGCUGGCGGUCAGUCAUGGCAGGAUGGACAUGGUUCGGGCGCUGCUGGCCCAGGGGGCAGAGGUCAAUAUCCAGGAUGAUGAGGGUUCUACAGCCCUGAUGUGUGCCAGCGAACAUGGCCACGCUGAGAUAGUCAAACUACUGCUGGCCCAGCCGGGCUGCGACGCCACUCUCAGCGACAGUGAUGAGAGCAAUGCCCUGUCUAUCGCUCUGGAAGCGGGUCACAAGGACAUAGCAGUGUUGUUGUAUGCCCACGUAAACUUCUCUAAGGCGCAGUCACCGGGAACCCCUCGUCUGAGCAGGAAGAUGUCCCCCAGUCCCACCAGGAGGGGCAUGUUUGACUAGCGCCACCGCCCAUUGGUCAAGUCUCAUGACACCAACCAACCAACCGCUGAGGAUUUCAACCCCCAGGGACAGACUUUGGCCCCACCCCCUGACAACCUGAUUGGACCAUGUGGGAUUAUUGACAAUGCAGUUCAACCAGAAAGGUUCCAUGGGUUUAUUGACCAUGUGGUCCAACCAGAAAGGUUCCUGGGUUUAUUGACCAUGUGGUCCAACCAGAAAGGUUCCCUGGGUUUAUUGACCAUGUGGUCCAACCAGAAUGGUUCCUGGGUUUAUUGACCAUGUGGUCCAACCAGAAAGGUUCCCUGGGUUUAUUGACCAUGUGGUCCAACCAGAAAGGUUCCUGGGUUUAUUGACCAUGUGGUCCAACCAGAAAGGUUCCUGGGUUUAUUGACCAUGUGGUCCAACCAGAAGGGUUCCCUGGGUUUAUUGACCAUGUGGUCCAACCAGAAAGGAUCCCUGGGUUUAAAGACCAUGCGGUACCAACAGAAAGGUUCCUUGGGUUUAUUGACCAUGAUGAAAGAUGAAACAUAUUGGUCAGUCUUGUAGUAAGAUGAACUGGUAUUGGUCAGUCUUGUAGUAAGAUGAGCUGGUAUUGGUCAGCCUUGUAGUAAGAUGAGCUGGUAUUGGUCAGCCUUGUAGUAAGAUGAGCUGGUAUUGGUCAGCCUUGUAAUAAGAUGAGCUGUUAUUGGUCAGUCUUGUAGUAAGAUGAGCUGGUAUUGGUCGGUCUUGUAAUAAGAUGAGCUGUUAUUGGUCAGUCUUGUAGUAAGAUGAGCUGGUAUUGGUCAGUCUUGUAAUAAGAUGAGCUGGUAUUGGUCAGUCUUGUAGUAAGAUGAGCUGGUAUUGAUCAGUCUUGUAAUAAGAUGAGCUGUUAUUGGUCAGUCUUGUAGUAAGAUGAGCUGGUAUUGGUCAGUCUUGUAAUAAGAUGAGCUGGUAUUGGUCAGUCUUGUAAUAAGAUGAGCUGGUAUUGGUCAGUCUUGUAGUAAGAUGAGCUGGUAUUGGUCAGUCUUGUAAUAAGAUGAGCUGUUAUUGGUCAGUCUUGUAGUAAGAUGAGCUGGUAUUGGUCAGUCUUGUAAUAAGAUGAGCUGGUAUUGGUCAGUCUUCUACAUGAACAUCCCAAAGUGCCCUUGUUAAACCACCACCAGCAUUCUGUCUGCUCUGAGUGGAUAGAGAGGAGGAGGAGAGCGAGAAGGAGGGGGGGGAGAGAGAGAGAGGAGGAGGGAGAGGAGGAGGGAGAGAAGGAGAGAGAGGAGAAAGGGAGAGGAGAAAGAGAAGGAGGGAGAGAGAGAGGAGGAAGAGGAGGAGGGAAAGAAGGAGUGGGAGAGGAGAGAGUGUGAAGGAGGAGGAGAGAGAGAAGGAGAAGAGAGGCCAUACUACUUGAGGAGCUGGACUUCAUAAGAACCCAGAAACACAAAUACUGUAUUCUAGAUAUGGGCUGCAAUAGACAAGCGUCCUGUCCAGGCAGUGAAUGUGUACAUCAAGAGCUGCCUCACAAGAGAGAGAGAGAGAGAGGUUCAGAUAAGGAUACUUACUUAUCCAGACUAUAGACCUUUUCAACUGUCAAAAUAAUACCACGUUCUGUACGCGCAACCAAGAGGUUCCCCAGUAAACACCCGGUGCUACGGUACCCCAUAAUUGCUAACUAGCUAGGUAGUUGGCUAGCUAGCACAAAAUGUCAAGUUCGCAUUUCUUGAUCCACCAAAAAACUGAAAAAACAACUUAUUGACCUAUUGACUUGCUACCAGAUCCACUAAACACAAUCAUGAGACAAUGUUUAUAUCUAAUUUAUUAUCCGUUUGCUCUGGUGGUGUUGCAUUAGGCUAGCACAGUAAAUAACCACAGAGCUAGCGUGAUGUGAGGGUAGAGAAAGAUCAGUUGACCUUGUUUGCCAGCCAGAGCUAGCUUGAUGUGAGGGUAGAGAAAGAUCAGUUGACCUUGUUAGCCAGCACAGAGCUAGUGUGAUGUGAGGGUAGAGAAAGAUCAGUUGACCUUGUUAGCCAGCCAGAGCUAGCGUGAUGUGAGGGUAGAGAAAGAUCAGUUUACCUUGUUAGCCAGCACAGAGCUAGCGUGAUGUGAGGGUAGAGAAAGAUCAGUUGACCUUGUUUGCCAGCCAGAGCUAGCGUGAUGUGAGGGUAGAGAAAGAUCAGUUGACCUUAUUAGCCAGCCAGAGCUAGCGUGAUGUGAGGGUAGAGAAAGAUCAGCUGACCUUGUUAGCCAGCUGGAUUCAUUUCUCUCACAACAGCCAACAAUAUAACUAAACUAAAUGUAGUUAGUAUCCAAUGUUUGACGGACUCAUUGUUUACAACAAAGUUAGCUAGCAGUUUAAAAAUGACCCCACUAUCAACCUUUCUCUCCCCCCCCUCACUAAUCUGUCACUCAGCUCGUCGACUUUUCCUCCAAAACACAUCUAUAUUUUACCCAGGUCUUUUGCCCACUUAGUUUCAAUUAAGAAAUAUAGUGUAGUUUAAAUGAACUGCUAGCUUGUGCUAUUCAUAUAUUAUCAACCGCACGUUACGAGACAUAGCUAGUGGUUUGGUUACAGUAAAGCUAGACUAUACAAAUGCUAGUGCUGACACCUUGUGGUGAUAAUGUUGAACUGCAUAUUAAUUACACCAGGAUGGUAUAUAACAUGAAGCGAACUCAUUUCAAAAUAAUUUCAAGCAACAUAUUUAGCAACGUCUUUUUAGAUUAAAUCAAAUUAACCUUAAAAUAUUCCUUUCUGCACACCUUGAUAGUGAUAUGUGAUAAUGUCUCCCUUGGGCAUGUUAACCUCAAGGCCCACCUUCAUAAUGUCUCUCCCCUGAGCCUGUCAACCUCAAGGCCCACCUUCAUAAUGUCUCUCCUCUGAGCAUGUCAACCUCAAGGCCCACCUUCAUAAUGUCUCUCCUCUGAGCCUCAACCUCAAGGCCCACCUUCAUAAUGUCUCUCCUCUGAGCCUGUCAACCUCAAGGCCCACCUUCAUAAUGUCUCCCCUGAGCCUGUCAACCUCAACAUGGUCAGCCUCAUUAUGAGUCUAAUCUGGUCUCCUUCAACAUGGUCAGCCUCAUUAUGAGUCUAAUCUGGUCUCCUUCAACAUGGUUAUCCUCGUUAUGAGUCUAAUCUGGUCUCCUUCAACAUGGUUAUCCUCGUUAUGAGUCUAAUCUGGUCUCCUUCAACAUGGUUAUCCUCGUUAUGAGUCUAAUCUGGUCUCCUUCAACAUGGUCAGCCUCAUUAUGAGUCUAAUCUGGUCUCCUUCAACAUGGUUAUCCUCGUUAUGAGUCUAAUCUGGUCUCCUUCAACAUGGUUAUCCUCAUUAUGAGUUGAAUCUGGUCUCCUUCAACAUGGUUAUCCUCGUUAUGAGUCUAAUCUGGUCUCCUUCAACAUGGUCAGCCUCAUUAUGAGUCUAAUCUGGUCUCCUUCAACAUGGUUAUCCUCGUUAUGAGUCGAAUCUGGUCUCCUUCAACAUGGUUAUCCUCGUUAUGAGUCGAAUCUGGUCUCCUUCAACAUGGUUAUCCUUGUUAUGAGUCGAAUCUGGUCUCCUUCAACAUGGUUAUCCUCGUUAUGAGUCUAAUCUGGUCUCCUUCAACAUGGUUAUCCUCGUUAUGAGUCUAAUCUGGUCUCCUUCAACAUGGUCAGCCUCAUUAUGAGUCGAAUCUGGUCUCCUUCAACAUGGUCAGCCUCAUUAUGAGUCUAAUCUGGUCUCCUUCAACAUGGUUAUCCUCGUUAUGUGUCUAAUCUGGUCUCCUUCAACAUGGUUAUCCUCGUUAUGAGUCUAAUCUGGUCUCCUUCAACAUGGUUAUCCUCGUUAUGAGUCUAAUCUGGUCUCCUUCAACAUGGUCAGCCUCAUUAUGAGUCGAAUCUGGUCUCCUUCAACAUGGUCAGCCUCAUUAUGAGUCUAAUCUGGUCUCCUUCAACAUGGUUAUCCUCGUUAUGUGUCUAAUCUGGUCUCCUUCAACAUGGUUAUCCUCGUUAUGAGUCUAAUCUGGUCUCCCUCAACAUGGUCAGCCUCAUUAUGAGUCGAAUCUGGUCUCCUUCAACAUGGUUAUUCUCGUUAUGAGUCUAAUCUGGUCUCCUUCAACAUGGUCAGUCUCAUUAUGAGUCUAAUCUGGUCUCUUUCAACAUGGUUAUCCUCGUUAUGUGGGUAGUGGGUUUAGACACCCAUCUUACUCCAACACAAGAGAUGAUUGAUUAGUUAAAUGAAUCGUGUCUAAUAGAUAUAAUCAGCAAGGGCUGGAACAGAAACCUGCUCAGCCAGUAGAUAGAUCUCUAGCGGCAAGGUUGGCCAUGCAUGUUCUAUAUCUAUGUAUUGUUACUCUAACAGUAUUGUUGUAAUCCUACAACCAAAUCUAACUGUAAACCAAUAGCAUAUCACCCAUUGGAAAUAUAGCCUUUAGUCUCUUCAGGGACUUUCAUUGGGACCUUCAUCCGCAGACAUGAUUUAGCAGCUUUCACACGUCUCUGUAUCUGAAAUUAAGAAACAUAGACGUUAGACCAGGACUUCAUUAGAAACAUAGACGUUAGACCAGGACUUCAUUAGAAACAUAGACGUUAGACCAGGACUUCAUUAGAAACAUAGACGUUAGACCAGGACUUCAUUAGAAACAUAGACGUUAGACCAGGACUUCAUUAGAAACAUAGACGUUAGACCAGGACUUUGCUUCAUUAGAAACAUAGACGUUACCAGGACUUCAUUAGAAACAUAGACGUUACCAGGACUUCAUUAGAAACAUAGACGUUAGACCAGGACUUCAUUAGAAACAUAGACGUUAGACCAGGACUUCAUUAGAAACAUAGACGUUAGACCAGGACUUUAUUAGAAACAUAGACGUUAGACCAGGACUUCAUUAGAAACAUAGACGUUAGACCAGGACUUCAUUAGAAACAUAGACGUUAGACCAGGACUUCAUUAGAAACAUAGACCUUAGACCAGGACUUUGCUUCAUUAUUCUCAAGUGAUAUAGCGUUUGAUAUUAAAUGGUCUAUUGUCAUAGUUUUCUCUUCGGGACUGGAAAUAUGUUCAAUUAGCUAGUUAGCUAAGCUACUAGCUAGGUAGCUAACUUGUUGUUUUUAGCAUAUCAAGCUACCGUUUGUGUCAUUAAAAAAACGAAUAUUGGAUGGCUGUCUAUCCUAUUUAUAUGUAGCUAGCUAGCUACCUGACAUGAACUAGAAUAGAUGGUUAACUUGAUAAACAGCUUGCCCGUGUGCUACACAUCAUCCUGGCGCCGCCACCGCCUGCUGCUGCUGCUAACGUCACCAUCCAUGCAGGCAAUGCAGCUCGCUGCGAUGCUUCUUUGGGAAAUCUAGCUAUAACGUUAAACUUACAUUUUCCCAGGAUGUAAGGACCAUCCCACAGAUGACUACUAUGGUCAAAAAUGCUCAUUCUGACCUUGAGAAAACAACUACACUAAGUUAACUAGCUAGCUGUUUACAGCCGCCACGGAACAGCUGUUUUUUUUUUUUUUUACAAACUCACCGGAAGUUCUUUGGGGUUCCACGGUUCACUUGCGCUCCUCUUAAAAAGGUCUAUAGGUUCCAGCAGUAUACAGACACUAUAAGACUAGAUACAGUCUGUUGAUAUUCAUGCUCCUGAGCAGAUUAACAUACAGCUCAUAGUUGUGAUGAAGGCUAAAGAGCAUAAGGACAUGUUGUUAUUAUUAUUAAUCAUCACCAUAUUGUUUAUCAUCAUCAUCAUCAUCAUCGUCACCCCAGGAGGCAGUUGGUAUAUUAGAUUCUAUGUCACCCACAAUACAGCCUUUCAUUUAGACUAAAUGUUUGUACAUAUUAUAUCAUAUUGUAUUGUCAUAUUGUUUUCUUCACCUGCCUGCCGCCUUUAAUGGACCUGUAUGUACACACCCCGCCACCUUUAAUGGGCCUGUAUGUGUACUCUACCACCUUUAAUGGGCCUGUAUGUGUACUCUACCACCUUUAAUGGGCCUGUAUGUGUACUCUACCACCUUUAAUGGGCCUGUAUGUGUACUCUACCACCUUUAAUGGGCCUGUAUGUGUACUCUACCACCUUUAAUGGGCCUGUAUGUGUACUCUACCACCUUUAAUGGGCCUGUAUGUGUUCUCUACCACCUUUAAUGGGCCUGUAUGUGUACUCUACCACCUUUAAUGGGCCUGUAUGUGUACUCUACCACCUUUAAUGGGCCUGUAUGUGUACUCUACCACCUUUAAUGGGCCUGUAUGUGUACUCUACCACCUUUAAUGGGCCUGUAUGUGUACUCUACCACCUUUAAUGGGCCUGUAUGUGUACUCUACCACCUUUAAUGGGCCUGUAUGUGUACUCUACCACCUUUAAUGGGCCUGUAUGUGUUCUCUACCACCUUUAAUGGGCCUGUAUGUGUUCUCUACCACCUUUAAUGGGCCUGUAUGUGUACUCUACCACCUUUAAUGGGCCUGUAUGUGUACUCUACCACCUUUAAUAGGCCUGUAAGUGUACUCUACCACCUUUAAUGGGCCUGUAUGUGUUCUCUACCACCUUUAAUGGGCCUGUAUGUGUACUCUACCACCUUUAAUGGGCCUGUAUGUGUUCUCUACCACCUUUAAUGGGCCUGUAAGUGUACAUGGGACCUUCUCAAAUGGAUAAUUGUAACUCAAUUUUCUAUGGAUUGGAUAUAAAUUCUACUUUUAUACAAAUCUAUUUAAUUUGUAUGUAUUUAAAAAUCACAAUAUUUUGAAUAUUUCCUAUUACUUCUUAACGUUACAUGAAGAUAUAUAUUUAUCGAGGUAUAGUUUUUAAUGCAAAUAUCAUUGUUUUUCCUUGUAUGUACUGUAAAGUGUUGGAGCUGGUAAGUGUAUUGUCCUGUUGUAGUAAAACAUUGAGAAGGAGAGGAGGUACUUUGAUCUGGUUGAAGUUUAAAGUGCCUGGAACAUAUUGCCAUAUAACAAUAAACUUAAUUCAAACAAC